AUGAGCGAACAAGAGGCUGGUCGAGGUCGUAGUCCGGCUGGUCAAGACACACGAAUCCCACCAUGGACUUCGCCUUCACAACAACCCUCCCAAGAUCUAUUACUCCCUCAUAGCAAUGCUCCACAACACCAGGCCGCACCAUUUGAGCAUGCUUGCAGAGAUCUUACGCCACACCAAACAGCUGCCCGUUCGACUAGCAGCAGAGAGAUUCCAGAUGUCCGAAGUCAGCCAGUUGCUCAAAGCAAUGUGGCUGGACAGCAAGGUGUUGCAAAUCCGCUGGCUGGUUUUACCAGAUUGACAUUACAAUGCCAGACUACUCAGGGGGGUGAAGAGGAGCCGAUUUCAGCCACAGGCAGAGAGCGUCUCACUGUCAGGGGUUUGCAGACCUCUCAAGCUGGCCCUACGUACCACCAUUCUGCUGGUCCAGUUGCAGGUGGGAAACGCUCAAGACAUCAGGGGCCGCACGCUGGUCAAGACAGAUUCUUCUCCACAGCGGCCUGCACGCAGGGCAAGAACCCUAGUAAAUCCAUCUGCUUCAGACAGACAGACUUCUCGAACUGA